AUGACAAACCCACCGUGGCAGCGACUUACUCGCGACCAGCUUGCCACCGUCAUUGGUGACUACUACAAGUUCCUAACAAGGUUCUACAUUCCGGAGUCAGCACUCAAGUUCCCGCCUCCAGGCGGGUGGCCCAAUAUCUCUCCAGAGACCACGAAAGGCUUCCCGAGAUCACCAAUUGUGAUUGAUCUCCUCAGGCGUUUGCCUUACAUCGAUGAGGGGGAUGCCGGAACCAUGACAACCAACAUUCACUACAAGAGUGAUGUUGUAGAUUACUCGACGUGGGAACCACAUCAAUGGGCAGAGGACGACCAGUCGGGAGCGUUAUCCGUGCAACAGUGGGUUGAAGAACUGGAGGAGAGAAAGAGAGAUAAACCCAAAGACGAAGAAGAAGAGGAAGGGUAUCUGUGGUAUCAGGAUGAGGGCAGAGACAAGGAUGCCGACGAUGAAGAGAAUUGGUUCGAUGGUGACGACCCAGAAGACAUCAAGCUGGAGCACAUGAUCGUUAUAGCCGAUGGGUACGAAAGUGGUGGCCGCGCUAUUGUGCUUGACGUGGUCAAGGGCAAUAUUUACGAAGACAUACUGGCAUGCAGCGGCCUGAAGAGCGAGAUGGCGGUCGAGGACUACUUUGACGAUCUCAAGACCAAAUUUGAGAAGCUAGAGAUGGUUCCAGUGCCUGGACUUGGGCAUCACGAGGGCACGCUUUACGGCGACAUUGAGGGCGUACCCGAAGUACAUGAAUUCGACAAGUCAUUCACUGCAGACGACAAAGACGCCGCGCAGCAAUACAAGAAGAUCUACCAGAGCUUUGGUUGGCCUGGCGAGACGUAUAGAAAAGAGGAGGCUCUGGCAGCGAUCAGGGCACAUGCACAGCGCAGGUCCGAGGCGGAGGAAACAGCGUCGUCGUGA